AUGCCUAGAUUGGAGCAUGAUCUCCAGGGUCUGUCAGAUCACAUCCCGAUCUGUACGGAUCUUGAUAUCGGUCCCGAACUGCCCAGAUCUGGGCAAUGGACAAUUAAACCCGGAAGCGAGGCUGAGAAGUCUUUCAUUUCGGAUAUUCUCUGGGAUCUUGUGGCUAUUCCUGUUGCAGCCCCAGCAACCAAGGAAGGUGUUGAAGCUUUAGCCGAUGCUAUUGUGACAGCAUUCUCGGACGCGUGGCUCGCCCAUUUGACCGAGUCCAAACCUACCACACGCUCCAAGUCCUGGUGGACAGACGAGUGCUCGGAAAUAUUCGGAGUGUAUCAGUUGAGCCAUUCACGUGCUGAUUACAACAAGUUCAAGAAGGUGUGUAAAGACACCAAGCGUGAUUUCUUCGAUGAACACAUCCCAGAAAUCGCUACUUCUCGCAAGCGCCUGUGGGACCUAAUGGAAUGGGUCAAACAGCACAAGCUACCACCUUGUGAGGCUAUUUGCAACAGCGACCAGCCUUGUCAUGAUAUGGACGACCUCUGGGACACCCUUCAUGAUGAGCUUCCUGAUGAGCCGGUCUGUGAGUGGGCUGACUUUUCGGAGCAUGAGUUGUUGAGUGCCCUUAAGGGGUGUUCCAACUCCUCUGCACCAGGACUGGACCAUGUUACAUGGGUCCACCUAAAGGAGUUGCUCAAGGAUAAACACGUCCUUGCGCUCUUCAUUGUGUUGGCCAACACUUGCCUUUGGGUGGGUCACUGGCCACGCAUAUUCAAGGAGUUGCUGUCGGUUAUCAUACUGAAGCCGAAUAAGCCCUCCUAUGCAGUGCCAAAGGCUUUCAGGCCAAUCGUACUCAUCACUUUUGGUAAACUUAUCAAAAAGAUGAUUGCUAACAGGAUACAGUUUGAUGCUGUCAAACAUGAUAUCUUUCAUCCAAACCAACUUGGUGGUAUUCGCCAACAGUCAACUGAGGAUGCUGGAUUGAUUCUGACUCAUCUCGUGCGAGCGGGGUGGGUUAAGGGUCUCCAGACUAGCGCGCUGGCUUUUGACAUCGCACAGUUCUUCCCUUCCAUCAACCAUGAAAUGUUCAUGGCUGUUCUUUGUAAGCAAGGAUUCUCGCCAAUUUUGGUGGAGUUCUUCACCUCUUAUCUUGUCAGUUGGUCCACAGUUUACUGUUGGAACACCUUCCAAUCCAACUCGCGGUCUGCAGACGUGGGUGUCGGGCAGGGCUCUGCUCUCUCGCCUGUUAUCUCAGGGCUUUUAAUUGCUCCGGUGAUGAAGCUCUUCUAUAUUAAGGCAGCGCCGCUCAGUAUGACACUACUCUUGUUUGUGGACGACAGGACCAUUCUGGCCCACUCCAAACAGCUCGAUGAUAAUAAUGUGGGCCUGCAUAAGGCCUACAAAAUUAUCUACCUUCUCUUUGUUGCUUUCACACUUGUUCUUGAACAUGACAAGACCAAACUGUUCCACUUUUCGCGUGGAUGA